AUGGAUCCAACAGAGUUGCGCUCGUCCAACACUAUCCUGGUGUUGAACAACUCUUCGCUCCUAUUAGCACAAAACGCUUUGGUCAUCGGAAAGAUCGACCAGGCCAAGAGAGCCCUAGCCGCCUUCUCCUGCAAUCCUUGCAGCGAGCGGAAGCUACUCUGCGACAAUGUUCGUCCCGCGUGUGGAUGGUGCACAAUUUAUGGAAUACAGUGCGCAUGGAAGUUGCCUCCUGCCGUUCGAAGUUCAUACAGUGAAGGUGGGGACCGGAAGACUGCCUUUCCAAAGCUCGAGGCCGCGCAGUACAGAAAGGUCCACGGGAUUCCCAGCAACCGAGUUCCCUCAUCCCCCGGUCAGAUGGUCAAGGAUUUCAAUACGGCCAUGACUUUCAUCAAUAUCUUGCCUACCCCGGCCUCCGAGUUGCCAAUCUCACGACCAGAGAGCUACGAAAUCGCAAUGGAUGCGAAGCCAGGUCCACCAGUUCUUCCUGAGAGGCAAGAAUAUCUAAAUAUCGCUCUGGCAGACUCCCCCCCCGAUGCGGAUCCAAUUGUCUAUCCAGGGGCAAGUGCCCGUGUGCAUUGGCCGAGUCCCACUCCUGAAGCGUUUGGAAACAAGGGCAAAGAUGGCCAUAAUGCAAACCUUUCUGCCCACGGUGGAUGGAGGGGGUCGCUGGAAGCACGCUCGACAGGGAGGACCUCUCAACUCCUCGUUCCUUCAUCCAGUCAGAUAGACCUGGCUCCAGCGCCCUGGAGCUACGAGGAUGUCUCGAUGAGAAGGCCAUUCCAGAUCGUCGAACGCCUCCCAUGCCACACGUCUGAGGACUCGCCGGGAGAUUGGUUUGAAGAGAUGAUGUAUCGACCGUCAACGGAGGGCAACGACAUGGACAUGGACUAUGCGCGACUUUGA